CCCCUGCACCCAGCCCCCAACCCCACCGGUCUCUCACAGGGCCCUUCUCCUGCAGGUACCAUGAUGUGGGGUGCAGGAAGCCCCCUGGCCUGGCUCUCAGCUGGCCCAGGCAAUGUGAAUGGGAGCAGCAUGGGCUCCGUGGAGGGGCCCACAGGCCCAGGUGCACCUCUGCCCUCGCCCAGCGCCUGGGACGUGGUACUGUGCAUCUCAGGCACCCUGGUGUCCUGCGAGAAUGCUCUGGUGGUGGCCAUCAUUGUGGGCACUCCCGCCUUCCGUGCCCCGAUGUUCCUGCUGGUGGGCAGCCUCGCCGUGGCAGACCUCCUGGCAGGCCUGGGCCUCGUCCUACACUUCGCAGCUGUCUUCUGCAUUGGCUCAGUGGAGAUGAGCCUGGUGCUGGUUGGCAUGUUGGCCAUGGCCUUCACUGCCAGCAUCGGCAGCCUACUGGCUAUCACUGUCGACCGCUACCUGUCUCUGUACAAUGCCCUCACCUACUACUCAGAGACAACAGUGACACGGACCUACGUGAUGUUGGCCCUAGUGUGGGGGGGUGCAGUGGGCCUGGGGCUGCUACCGGUGCUGGCCUGGAACUGCUUGGAUGCCCCAGCCACGUGUGGCGUGGUGCGUCCACUCUCCAAGAACCAUCUGGUGGUCUUGGCUGUGGCCUUCUUCAUGGUGUUUGGCAUCAUGCUGCAGCUCUAUGCCCAGAUCUGCCGUAUCGUCUGCCGCCAUGCCCAGCAGAUUGCCCUCCAGCGGCACCUUCUGCCCGCUUCCCACUACGUGGCCACCCGGAAGGGCAUUGCCACACUGGCCGUGGUGCUUGGCGCCUUUGCCGCCUGCUGGCUGCCCUUCACCGUCUACUGCCUGCUGGGGGAUGCCCACUCACUGCCCCUCUACACCUAUCUCACCUUGCUCCCCGCUACCUACAACUCCAUGAUCAACCCCAUCAUCUAUGCCUUCCGCAACCAGGAUGUGCAGAAGGUGCUGUGGGCUGUCUGCUGCUGCUGUUCCUCUUCCAAGAUGCCCUUCCGAUCUCGCUCCCCCAGUGACGUCUAAUUGCAUCCUGGUGACCCUUCAGCCUGGAUCACUACAGAAUUCCAGAAUGUUAUGUCCUCCAGGGCUUUGUUCCAAAUCCCCAACUCCACACCCCCAAGACCCAGCUGGUUCUGGAGUUCUAGGACGUUGGGUGUUUCCAGAUUUUGUUCAGAUCCCUGUGGGGCCCAGCUGGUGCCGUGGUUCUUGAAUGUUCAGGCUGUCAGGGUUCCACUCAGAAACGUCCCACAGCUCAGCUGGCUUGGAGAUCCAGAAUGCUGGGUGUUUUACAGUGCCAUUCCAGGUUCCUGACCGCCCCCCCCAAUCUUGACCUUGACCAUGUCACUUUACUUUUGAGUUUCUGAGCUUGAGAGUCAGAGAGGUCAGUCACACAGUUGCCUAGAUAAGAGAAAGAAAGAUUUAUAUAUAUAUGCACAUACAAAGAGAGUAUUUGUUAUUUAUUUAUUUAUUUAUUUAUGGGUGGGAAGGGGAAAAAAGAGACCACACCUUGAAAUCCAGGCCACACCAGGGUACCCUCAGUCCCCACGCCCCCAUUUCUGACCUCAGUUCCUAAAGGGGGAAAAGGGAGAAAGAGAAACCACGUAUUUUGUCAUUAUUUUUGCUUAUUUUUUAUCAAAAGAGAUCAUAGAAACCAGAGCCUUCUCCCCCGGCCCGCCCCCUCGGGUUCGCAGGGGGAACACACCAGCCUCUGGUUUUUUAUUUUUUUAAGAAGCCAUCACCUGAGCAACCGAGAAUCCCUCUGUGCUGGGGCCGGCUGCCCUCUGGUGGCCGUUUGGAGGAAACUGCAACCCGGCCAGGCAGCUGGGACCCUCAACUCCACUAGAGCCUGGCAUCCAGCGCCACAGCCAUGGCCUGGGGGCCAGGCCUCACCCUGUGGUGCCCUAGAGGAGGUGGGGUGCAAACCAACACCUGGCCCCUCUGCCAACCAGGGUAUGGCCCCCAGUGCAUUCCCCAUUCCUGUCCCCAACCUAGCCCUCAAUAAAAGAUGAUUUUGUGAUAAA